AAGAAAAUAAAUCCUUCCCUUGUCUUGCCCUUUUGUUGUUAUGACUACGAGGUCGUAAAUCCGCCAUGUUUUCCCUCUAGUAGCGUUGCGACAGAGACGGAGAACUCAAACGACAUGAAUGUAGAAAAUAAUAAUACGGCAGAAACAGUGAGCGAGCAAACGGAUCACGGCAACAACAUCGUCACAAUUCAAACAACUCUCGGAGAUGAAGGUAAAGACAGUUUACGUGCAAAAACAGUAAUAUAUUUUUAUUGGCAUAUGUAGGCCCACUCUUAUUGAUUUAACUUAUUUAGCUGCUAGUUAGCUUGCUAGGUAGGUGACAAAAUAAGGUCGGUGCACUUUAGCUGUAGCUUGCACUGUACCGGGUCAGAGCUAGCCAGCCAGCUAGAUAGCUAACUAAUGUAGUUCGCGCUGGUCAGAUUUAGUUAGCUAGCAUCCUCGGAUUGUAGUGUAACUUUGCACUUAUCUGAUUUAACCUUGCUAACGAGCUAGGCUUGCUAGCUGUGCUAACGUUAGCUAAGUUAGCCGGCGGCUCCACUUGCUACAGUAGCUAGCUAGCUAAUUUAGCUAUGUCACCAAAUAUGUUUUAUCGUGAUGUCACUGUCUAAUCACUUGCAUGUGUCAAUUAAUUAGCUAGGCAGUCAGUCAUAAAAAUGUAACUUUAACCAAGUGUGUUCUUGAUUGUACGCAUUUAUUUCACUUGUAGAUGAAGAUGUCCACAAGUGCGGACGCUGUCAGUCCGAGUUUUGUACGCUGGAGGCAUUCAUCCAGCACAAGCUGCACCAGAACUGCACGCGGGCACAGGAACCACAGGUGCCCGUCAAUAAACCCCGGGAUGACAACCAAGAGGUAGGCUAGCCCGGGCAAUUGCACACUCGGUACCUACUCAGUGUAGUUUGUAGAAUUCAUAAACGCAAGGGGUGAUAUGUCAAAACGUUUGUGUUUGGUCAGGUUUCUGCCCCAGAUGGAACCUCUGCUACCUUGGCAAGAAUGGAUGGAAGUGGACUGUCUUCAGAUGAACCAGACAAGUCCAACAACAACGGUAAGUCAAUGUUCAUUGACCUGUUUGCACUCUGGCACCCUCCAGUAUCAUCUGGCCAUAACUGAUAAGACAUUAUUGGUUCAUCUCAUGGUGAAGUUUAUAUUCCCUCAGAAACCCAAUUUCCUCCUGUUUUUACUUUCAUGCCCUGUUGAAAUGGGUUUGUCAAAAAAGAAUCCUGGAGGGGACGGAAUUAACCGCCCUUAUAUUCUCUCAGGUGAUGUAGUAGUUGAAGGUCACUCCUCUCGAAGUCACAGGAAGAGAGGUGGAACAGGGAAGGCUACUGGUCACACAGAGGGGACUGAGGACCACAGCCCUGACGGUGCAGACAAAUCAGUCUACAGGGUCAACAAAGAUGGACGCUACAUUUGCCAAACGUGUGAGAAGACAUUCAAGACGGUGAGUGGUACUGUACCUGUGCUUCAUGUUGAUAUAGAUCUGAGAAUGAACCCAUACAGAUUGUCACUACCUUGUCUAGUCUGGAAUAAAGUUUGGAAAGCACAGCUAUCAGCUGUUUUGUUCUUCCCUUGUUUAUGCUCUAUCAAACAAACCUACAGUACCAGUCAAACGUUUGGACACACCUACUCAUUCAAGGGUUUUUCUUUACUUUUACAAUUUUCUACAUUGUAGAAUAAUAGUGAAGACAUCAAAACUAUGAAAUAACACAUGGAAUCAUGUAGUAACCAAAAAAGUGUUAAACAAAUCAAGUAUAUUUUAGAUUCUUCAAAUAGCCACCCAUUGCCUUGAUGACAGCUUUGCACACACUUGGCAUUCUCUCAACCAGCUUUACCUGGAAUGCUUUUCCAACAGUCUUGAAGUUGUCACAUAUGCUGAGCACUUGUUGGCUGCUUUUCCUUCACCAGGUCAUCUGAUGCAGCACUCCAUCACUCUCCUUCUUGGUAAAAUAGCCCUUACACAGCCUGGAGGUGUGUUGUGUCAUUUUCCUGUUGAAAAACAAAUGAUAGUCCCACUAAGCCCAAACCAGAUGGGAUGGCGUAUCGCUGCAAAAUGAUGUGGUAGCCAUGUUGGUUAAGUGUGCCUUGAAUUCUAAAUAAAUCACAGACGGUGUCACCAGCAAAGCACCCCCACACCAUAAAACCACCUCCUCCAUGCUUUACGGUGGGAACUACACAUGUGGAGAUAAUCCGUUCACCCACACCGCAUCUCACAAAGAAAUGGCGGUUGGAACCAAAAAUCUCAAAUUUGGACUCCAGACCAAAGGACACAUUUCCACCGGUCUAAUGUCCAUUGCUCGUGUUUCUUGGCCCAAGCUGGUCUCUUCUUAUUAUUAGUGUCCUUUAUUAGUGGUUUCUUUGCAGCAAUUCGACAAUGAAGGCCUGAUUCAUGCAGUCUCCUCUGAACAGUUGAUGUUGAGAUGUGUCUGUGACUUGAACUCUGUGAAGCAUUUAUUUGGGCUGCAAUUUCUGAGGCUGGUAACUCUAAUGAAUUUAUCCUCUGCAGCAGAGGUAACUCUGGGUCUUCCAUUCCUGUGGCGGUCCUCAUGAGAGCCAGUUUCAUCAUAGCGCUUGAUGGUUUUUGCGACUGCAUGUCUUAAAGUAAUGAUGGACUGUCGUUUCUCUUUGCUUAUUUGAGCUGUUCUUGCCAUAAUAUGGACUUGGUCUUUUACCAAAUAGGGCUAUCUUCUGUAUACCCCCCCUACCUUGUCACAACACAACUGAUUGGCUCAAACGCAUUAAGAAGGAAAGAAAUUCCACAAAUGAACUUUAUAAAGGGUGGCUAUUUGAAGAAUCUCAAAUAUAACAUAUUUUGAUUUGUUUAACACUUUUUUGGUUACUACAUGAUUCCAUAUGUGUUAUUUCAUAGUUUGGAUGUCUUCACUAUUAUUAUACAAUGUAAAAAUAAAGAAAAACCCUUGAAUAAGUAGGUGUGUCCAAACUUUUGACUGGGAGUGUAUGUCUACUUUUUUUCUAGACAAAUAUCCUGAGAACCCAUAUGAUCACCCACAGUGAGAAUAAGAAUUUCCCCUGCGAGCUCUGUGGGAGUGCCUUCCGCACUAAAGGCUCCCUGAUUCGUCACAACCGCCGUCACACAGGUACAGUGGACUGGAAGGGGGCGGGCUCAGAAUGAGAUGUUUGCGCUUGUGGCAUACGCAGCUUCAUUUCCUAUCUCUAUCACCAGUCUCUCUCCCCCUCUUCCCGCAGACGAGCGGCCGUACCGCUGUAACCUGUGUGGGCUCUCCUUCAGGGAGUCAGGGGCUCUGACCAGACAUCUCAAGUCCAUCACCCCCUGCACUGAGAAGAUCCGCUUCAACCAGUACAAGGAGAUCCUUGUCAGCAAGGACGGACAGCAGAAAGGUAGCAGUCUGUCAAAAGAUUGAGGGAUUGAGGGAAGGAUCAUGCAUGGAUGGAUGGAUGGAUGGAUGGAUGGAUGGUAGAUACAUACACUAAAUGACCAAAAGUAUGUGGACACCUGCUUGUCUCAUUCCAAAAUCAUGGGUAUUAAUAUGGAGUUGGUCCCCCCCCCAUUUGCUACUAUAACAGCCUCCAAUCUUCUGGGAAGGCUUUCCACUAGAUGUUGGAACAUUGCUGCGGGGACUUGCUUCCAUUCAGCUACGAGCGAUUAGGCCUGGCUCGCAGUCAGCGUUCCAAUUCAUCCCAAAGGUGUUCGAUGGGGUUGAGGUCAGGGUUCUGUCAAGUUGUUCCACAUUGAUCUUGAAAAACCAUUUCUGUAUAGACCUCGCUUUGUGCACGGGGGUAUUGUGAUGCUGAAAUAGGAACGGGCCUUCCCCAAACUGUUGCCACAAAGUUGGAAGCACAGAAUCGUCUAGAAUGUCGUUGUAUGCUGUAGUGUUAAGAUUUCCCUUCACUGGAACGAAGGGGCCAAGCCCAAACCAUGAAAAACAGUCCCAGACCAUUAUUCCUCCUCCACCAAACUUUACAGUUGUCACUAUGCAUUCGGGCAGGUGGUGUUCUCCUGACAAUCCGCCAAACCCAGAUUCUUCCAUCGGACUGCCAGAUGGUGAAGUGCGAUUUAUCACUCCAGAGAACGCGUUUCCACUGCUCCAGAAUCCAAUGGUUGCAAGCUUUACACCACUCCAGCCGAGGCUUGGCAUUGCGCAUGGUGAUCUUAGGCUUGUGUGCGGCUGCUCGACCAUGGAAACCCAUUUCAUGAAGCUCUCGACUAACAGUUCUUGUGCUGAUAUUGCUUCCAGAGGCAGUUUGGAACUCGGUAGUGAGUGUUGCAAUCACUCGACAGUCCCGUUCUGUGUGGCCUACCACUUCGCGUCUGGGCCGUUGUUGCUCCUAGACUUUUCCACUUCACAAUAACAGCACUUACAGUUGACCGGGGCAGCUCUAGCAGGGCAGACAUUUGACAAACUGACUUGUUGGAAAGGUGGCAUCCUAUGACGUUGCCACGUUGAAAGUCACUGAGCUCUUCAGUGAGGCUAUUCUACUGCCAAUGUUUGUCUAUGGAGAUUGCUUGGCUGUGUGCUCGAUUUUAUACACCUGUCAACAACGGGUGUGGCUGAAAUACCCGUAUCCACUAAUUUGAAGGGGUGUCCACAUACUUUUGUGGAUCGAUCGGUAGGUAAGGUAUUGAUGGUGUCAUGUUUUUAUUUCAGGAGUGGAGGCAGAGGCCGCCUCAUUGGCUGCUCAGCAAGAAGUGGACCAGCAGGAGGAAGAGGAAGCGCAGGUGGCGGUGGUCAGCGUGGUGGAGGCUGACAGUGGAGGACAGGAAGUCAUCCACGAGGUCCACUUCCACAUGGAGGUGGAGGGAGAAGGGCAGGAACAGCAGGUGUGUGGAGAUCUGGAUGCAGUUCAGUACUGUAAACUGUCUUCCUCGUCUCCUCUCUCACCUUUUAAUUUGUACUGAUCUGAAAACACAGGAUAGGUGAAGGCCAUUUUGUGAAUGCCUACAAAAUGCCUGUCCAUUUCUAUCACGUUAGUGCAGAUGAAAGGAAAUAGAGAAACGCAUGCAUUUCCUUUGUAUCCCAAAUCCCUGUUGACGUUUAUUACAACCUCUUUAUCCCUGUUGACGUUUAUUACAACCGCUUUGGAUGUCACACAUUUUUCCUAGAGCCAUGUUUGACCCUCUGUUCUUGUCUGGUUGCCUGUCCCCAGCUUCUAUUGGAGCAGUCUCAGGCAGAGGCCCUGGUGGCCGAGGGGGACAACCUCAUCUGCCAGGCCAUCAUAAACUCUGGCAUCGCCCUGGAGGCGGUCACUGAGACUGAGGAGGUGGAGUCAGUUGAGGAGCAGGCACUGGACAGGAUGCCUAAAGAGGUCCUGCAGGUCAGGGACGUGGUGGGCAGGGUGACAGAGAUCCAGGUGAUGGAGGAGUGUGUGGAGAUGGAGAUGGAGGCUGAGGAGAUGGUGGUGAGUUAGUCAAUGGGGGAAUUGAUUUAACAUUUUACCAACUGUGUAUUUUACUAUCUAAAUGUGUUUUAUCCUUGUAUAUUUUCCACUACCAUGCUGGAUAAAUAAGUACUAAAGAAAUGUAAAAAGCUUUUAGUUAGAAAUCCGUCACCACACAGAUGAUUUUAUUUUCAAUUUUCAGAGACACUAAAAUGUCUUUCUCUGUUUCUUCCUUCUCUAAUAGUGCAUGUCUUCUAAUACUCUCAGCUACAGCAUGUGGUUGAUAAACAUGAUGUAUAGUCAGCUACAGCAUGUGGUUGAUAAACAUGAUGUAUAGUCAGCUACAGCAUGUGGUUGAUAAACAUGAUGUAUAGUCAGCUACAGCAUGUGGUUGAUAAACAUGAUGUAUAGUCAGCUACAGCAUGUGGUUGAUAAACAUGAUGUAUAGUCAGCUACAGCAUGUGGUUGAUAAACAUGAUGUAUAGUCAGCUACAGAUGUGGUUGAUAAACAUGAUGUAUAGUCAGCUACAGCAUGUGGUUGAUAAACAUGAUGUAUAGUCAGCUACAGCAUGUGGUUGAUAAACAUGAUGUAUAGUCAGCUACAGCAUGUGGUUGAUAAACAUGAUGUAUAGUCAGCUACAGCAUGUGGUUGAUAAACAUGAUGUAUAGUCAGCUACAGCAUGUGGUUGAUAAACAUGAUGUAUAGUCAGCUACAGCAUGUGGUUGAUAAACAUGAUGUAUGUCCCUUUCCCUGCCCUGUAGGACAUGUCUGACAAGCAGGAGGAUCUGCCGCCGUCUAAAAUGCACAAGUGUCCUCACUGUAGUCGCUCCUUUAAGGCGCUCAACUACCUCCGCUUCCAUGUCAAAGGUCACCUCGGUAAGACCACUGUCUCCAUGUCUUUUUAAUGAUUUCCUUUAAUGCUAGACUCAGCAUAACCCAUUAGUCAACACACACACCAUAGGUGAUCCAUUGAUAUCAAAUGAUGAAUUGUGGUGAUAAGAGGAUUCAGCCAAGGUUUCAAAAUCAGAUGCAUUUAUAUCACAUAUUCCCUGUGUCUUACAUUGUUUUCUCAAAUCUCCCCAGUGCCUCUAUACCUGGGUCGUGUUCAUUAGUCUCCAAGGAAACCGGUCUGACGGGGAGGGACUACCUGUUGCGUUCACUAAUGAACACGACCUACAGCAGCUCAUUAUGCAUGUUCUCAUUUCUGCAGGCUACAAGCCCUUCAAGUGUGUGAUGUGUCUGAAGGAGUUCCUGACAGGCUACCUGUUGAAGAAGCACAUGGAGGUCCACCUGAGUGAGAGGAGGUACAAGUGUGGCGAGUGCGGCAAGCUCUACAAGACCAUCGGACACGUCCGUGAACACAUGAGGGCCCACUCAGAGGAACGGCCGUACAACUGCAACAGCUGUGACAAGGGAUACAAGACCAAGGUUUGUCCAUACUCCACUUUUAUUUGAACCAAGGAAGCAACGAGCAGACAAAAUAUUCUCUCUGAAAGUUGUUGAAUUCCUGGUUUUCGUAAGUUUUAUUUCGUUUCUUAAAUGGCAGGAGUCUGCUAAUGUUAAGUCAAGUUUCGGAGCUUCUUCGAUUGAGCGGUUAUUUCAGUAAUUUUUCUCGCAUGUCAGAUGUGAAUUGGUUGACUAACAGAUAGAUGAUGAUGAAUUCAUUAACUACCAUGUAAACCUUGGUUCCUAAACUUUUCCCCUCCCCUUUUGUCCCAGAAUGCCUUGCAGGUGCACCAGCGGACGCACGCCCAGGAGAAGCCGUAUGUGUGCCAGUUCUGCUCGCGGGGCUUCAGGGAGAAGGGCUCUCUGGUGCGCCACAUCCGCCAUCACACCGGAGAGAAGCCCUUCAAGUGUCACAAGUGUGGGCGGGGCUUCGCCGAGCAUGGCACGCUCAACCGCCACUUACGUGCCAAAGGUCAGGAUGAUUAACACCUGUCUCCUGGGUCAUGUAUAGCAUUAAGAUGAUUCAUAAGAUCAAUUUCAGAUACAUCGGAUCCUAUCAGUGAUAUUACUGUUGUACUCCCGACUUGUACUACUUUGAAUAGGCUGACACUGGCCCUGAUUUUAAUUGAUGAAGUAAUAGAUUUUCUAUAUUAGCUUAUACAUGUUAUCAAUUCAACAAUGGACACAAGCAAACAGUCAAAUAGCACUACACAGGAUUACAUUGAUUUGUUCUUUGUGUAUCCUAGGGGGCUGUUAUGCGGGCCAGAAGGAGGGGUCUGGGGAGGAAGGCGUGGUGGUCUCAGAGGAGCAGGCGUCUGCAGACAGCCUGGCCACAGCAGCCAUCAUGUCAGACGACCCCCACGCCGUGCUGGUGGAGUUCUCCUCUGUGGUGGCUGACACCCAGGAGUACAUCAUUAGGGUGAGACCAUUAUAGAUGGGCGGGGGGGGGGGGGGGGUUAUUCUCCUAAUGGAUGUAUUACCUAUUUCACACUGCCGAAAAUGUGAAUGUAAUAUAUCCAGGCUUUUUGCUGAAUUCACUGAAUGUUUCAACUUGACCUGGCAUAGCUUUAGGCACAAACACAGACAAGGUGCUGCUGUAAACAUAAUUGUUAAUAGCAUAUUGAUCUGUGUUUUUCUCUCACAAAUGAUGCUGUCAGUAUGUAUGGAAGGUUCUGUAGUUCACAUGUCCUGUCUCUCUCCUCUCUUGCUCUCUUCUCCCCAGGCCCAAGGAGAGGAGGAGGAGGGGCAGGGUGAGGAGUUGACUCUCAUCCAAGACAACCAGAAUCAGGUCAGUGCUCUGCUCUCCUGUUUCUCCUGGAGCCAAGAAAUGGUGUUCUAGUGGUUUUAUGUCUUGAUGGCUUAGACUAGCGCUGGCCUACCUCCAAACAUACAACAGUCCCACCUUUUCAAUGUUUGCUCAUUCAUAGCCAUAUAUUUAACAUGCGACCAAAGCUAGAUUUCCAUCCAAUUGGCGACAGGUUUUUAUGCAAAUAUUCUAAAAUCUGCUUAAAGAAAAUUUGCACAUUUUCCCACCAUUGGUGUUUCCACCAAACUGACAUCAGUGUGUGUUGACGUAGUGCACACAAAAUGUACUUUUUCGCUUACGUUUUCAUAUACUGAAUAAAAAUCGAAAGUUCAAUGUGUUUCCAUCGCAUUUUCAACUCUACCGAAAACUGUUAAAUAGCAUGUGCCUACUCUGGUCUUGGCACGUGCGCUCUAGCCAACAGCUUGCAGAUACAUUGCGGGUAGGCUAGUCUACAUGAUGAGAUUAUUAUGGAUAAUAUUUGUAUUUGUCAAUUGGCAGUCAAGCAUCGAUCAUCAUGUCUCCAGAAUAAGACCCUUGAUAUUUAUUGAAAAGGAGCAUCAAGCUCAUCACCAUGCACUUUCACCACCCUGUGAAGCUCAUCAUAACACAAAAAGAUGCAGCCAUGUUGAAUGAAAAAAAUUCUGGCAGCAUUUAUAAAAUUGUACCGAAACUUCCUGUUUCCAUCACAGCUGUCAUGAUACAUUUUUUUAUAUAGUAUGACUUGCAUAAAAACUGUGGAUGGAGACAUAAAUGUCCACAUAGAUAAAUCAACUAUUAGGUAGACAUUAAGAAGGCAUCUCAAUACUCAUCCCCCGCUCUCUUACCCACCUUUCAGAUGGGCAACCACAUCAUGAAGGUGGUGCAGCAGAUCGUCAACCAAUCGCGUGGCGGCGUCGGCGGCCACCAAAUCAUUGUGCGCAACGUCUCCAUGGACGAGGGCACAUCCAUUUCCGACUGCGGCGACACCAUCACCAUAGCGACGCCCGAGAACCUGACCGCGCAGGUCGCCAUGACGCUGGCCUCAGCCAUCAGCGACGGAACCCUUCUGGCGGGAGGCGGCGCCCUGGAGACGCCCGAUGGCACGGUCACCAUGGUAACGACAACGGGGGGCGAGGAUAUGGUCGAGGUGAUGGAGCACCAGGAGGAAGAGUUUGUUAUUACGUCAUCGGAGGAGGUGGAGAUCCAGACAGUCAUCAUAUGAGGACUUUGUGUGUUAUGAGGACAGUGUGUUAUGAAGUGUCUUAUGAAAACUCAGGACUUUGGGUGAGUUAUGAGGAUGGUGUGUCUUAUGAGGACAGAAUGUCUUAUGAAGAGUUUCUAAUGAGAACUCAGGAAUUUGAAUGAGAACGUUGGUCUAUGUUUGAGGAGUUACGUUGUAUAAUGUAUUUUCUGUCUGCUUUUGAAUGAGGACGAAGCACUUAAGUUUUUGUGAAGACCAAGGACAGUGUGCAUGAAAGAUUCUGUUUGUAUAAAGUUAGACAUUUUAUUGGACAGUAUUACAGUAGAUUUCUAUUGGGUAAGGAUUGCAAUCAUUUAUAGGAAGGGUAUUGUCUUAAGUCACUGAAGUAAGGAGGACUGAAGUGUUAGUUUUACUUGGACAGGAGUGGAGCUGCCUUCAUUUUGGUACAUUUUCUUAAAUGUAAUGUCAUUGCUUGUCAACACUGAGCAACCAAUCACACGGUACAACAGUAGGCUUAUAGCUAGGUCACAGGAGCUCAAGUACUUACAUUUGCCUUGAUUGUCUCAAAAUCCCUAGAAUUGUCACUGUUUCUGUUACACUUAGAUGUUACACUAGGAGAUAUCAACUUUAGAAAAUGCCCCCCCCCCCCCCUUCCUUAACA